AAACGAAAUGUGGCUAACUGUCAAAGUAUAUGUGUGCCCAAAAAGAGCCAGUCAUUGGAUUGUUAUAUGUUGUCUAUCUGAAGCAAACACUACUGUGUGCAGUUGGUUAAUUUUUUAUUGAAAUUUUUGGAUAGAAAUUUUCUUACAGUCGAUUUGUAAACAAGCAAUAAUAAUUCAAUAUGAGCGUACGCGUCAUUGAUGAUGAAAACCAUUUCCAGCAAGAAUUACAAGCAGCUGGUGUACGUUUGGUUGUGGUCGAUUUUACAGCAAGCUGGUGUGGACCAUGUCAGCGGAUUGCACCACAUUUCGAACAAUUGCCGACCAAAUAUCCACGGGCGGUAUUCUUGAAAGUUGACGUUGAUAAGUGUCAAGAUACAGCGGCUGCACAAGGCGUUAGCGCGAUGCCUACAUUCUUCUUUUACAGAAAUAAGACGAAAAUUGAUCGCUUACAAGGCGCUGACCUUGCCGGUUUGGAAGCAAAAAUUCAGCAACACAUCGGUAGCGCAGAUGUUGAUUCGGGUGAAGAUUUUGGUCAAGGAUUGAUGGAUCUGAAUGUAUUCAUAAUGAAAAAUCAAUGCGAGUGUCUGAAUGAAUCGGAUGAUCAUCCCUUAGCACAUGCUUUGACUAGUGGCGGUGGCUACUUGCAAUCCGACUGUGACGAACAGUUAAUUCUAUCGAUUACGUUCAAUCAAGCGGUUAAAAUUCAUUCGAUCAGAUUGAAAGCACCCGAAAAACUUGGACCAAAAAAUUUGAAGCUAUUUAUUAAUCAGCCCAGAACUAUUGACUUUGACCAAGCUGAAUCGAGCACUGCAGUUCAGGAUAUUGUUGUUGAUCCAAAGGAUUUGGCUGGGAAUCCAGUCAAUUUGCGUUAUGUGAAAUUCCAGAAUGUCCAAAAUAUUCAAAUUUUCAUUAAGGACAAUCAAAGCGGUGGCGAGGUGACGCAAAUCGAUACGAUCAACUUCAUCGGUUCACCAAUAACAACCACCAAAAUGGAAGAUUUCAAACGUAUCGCCGGCAAAAAGGGAGAGAGCCAUUAAUGUACUAUGAAAUUGAAUGAAAAAAAAAAAGAAUUAGCUCCAAUAUUUCUUUGGAAUUAUUUUUUAUGUUUCUCUCAAAAAAAAUUCGUCUUUAUUUUCAUCUUUUUUAUGCUUCUCGUUUUGAGACAUCCGAUUUAAACAAAAAUACAAUUAGAAAACCAAUAAUAUACUGAAUGCGAAUACAAUUGCAACUAAUUAACUGCAUUAAAAACUUUUUAAAAAGAUAACAAA